ACAAACCGACCUUUUCUUUUGGCGCCACGAAAGGGAAGAAUUGAUGAUCAGCCGCCAUUCUCGAGAGCUUAAGGAACAGCAAUAAUGGCUAAAUAUAUAGGGGGGAAGGGGCUGUAAAUGGUAAGGAUUCUGCAUUGCCUUUGUUUCCCAUGGAGGCCUGAAAGAACAUAGAUAUUUGUUUAGAGACAGAAAAGUUGGGCAAUAAGGAAGGAGAGAAAGGAAUUUACUCACCUUGUCAGUGUGGUCCUUCUUUUCUUGUAACUUAAACAAAACAAUCAUGGCCUCCGAAAUGUCCUUGGAAGCGAUCAAGAACGAACAAAUUGACCUCGAGAAGAUCCCUGUUGAGGAAGUGUUCAAGCAGCUAAAAUGUACAAGAGAUGGCUUGACAUCUGAUGAUGGUGCAACAAGGCUGCAAAUUUUUGGCCCGAAUAAACUUGAGGAGAAAAAAGAGAGCAAAAUCCUCAAGUUCUUGGGUUUUAUGUGGAAUCCUCUCUCGUGGGUCAUGGAGUCUGCCGCUAUCAUGGCCAUUGCUUUGGCCAAUGGAGGGGGAAAGGGUCCGGACUGGCAAGACUUCGUAGGUAUUGUGGUACUGCUCAUUAUCAACUCGACUAUUAGUUUCAUAGAAGAGAAUAAUGCAGGCAAUGCAGCUGCUGCCCUUAUGGCUGGCCUUGCUCCCAAAACCAAGGUUUUGAGAGAUGGCAAGUGGACUGAGCAGGAUGCCUCAAUCCUAGUUCCAGGAGAUUUGAUCAGCAUCAAGUUAGGAGAUAUUAUACCUGCUGAUGCCCGUCUUUUGGAGGGUGAUGCUCUCAAGAUUGAUCAGUCGGCCCUUACUGGGGAGUCUCUUCCAGUAACAAAGAACCCUGGUGAUGGAAUUUUCUCUGGUUCCACCUGCAAACAGGGUGAGAUUGAGGCAGUGGUCAUCGCCACUGGUGUUCACACCUUCUUUGGCAAAGCGGCUCACCUUGUUGAUAGCACCAACAAUGUGGGGCACUUCCAAAAGGUGUUGACCGCCAUUGGGAACUUCUGUAUUUGCUCCAUUGCUGUGGGUAUGCUGAUUGAGGUUGUAGUUAUGUAUUCGAUCCAGCACAGAAACUACAGACAAGGAAUUGACAAUUUGCUUGUGCUACUCAUUGGAGGAAUCCCAAUUGCCAUGCCAACAGUUUUGUCUGUAACAAUGGCUAUUGGAUCUCAUCGGCUAUCCCAGCAGGGCGCCAUCACCAAAAGAAUGACUGCCAUUGAGGAGAUGGCCGGAAUGGAUGUUCUCUGCAGUGACAAGACUGGAACCCUUACCCUCAAUAAGCUCACUGUUGAUAAAAACCUGAUCGAGGUGUUCCCAAAGAACAUGGAUAAAGAAACCGUUAUCUUGCUUUCUGCCAGAGCUUCUAGGGUCGAGAACCAGGAUGCCAUUGAUGCUUCAAUUGUUAAUAUGUUGAGUGAUCCCAAGGAGGCAAGAGCAGGAAUCAAAGAGGUGCAUUUCUUGCCCUUCAACCCAGUGGAUAAACGUACUGCAAUCACCUACAUUGAUUCCAAUGGAGACUGGCAUCGAAGCAGCAAGGGAGCCCCAGAGCAAAUCAUUGAUCUCGCUGAACUCAAAGGGGAUGCAAGGAAGAAGGCACAUGAAAUCAUUGAUAGUUUUGCCGACCGUGGCCUUCGCUCUCUUGGUGUUGCACGACAGACUAUUCCAGAGAAAACCAAAGAGAGUGCUGGUGGACCUUGGGAGUUUGUUGGUUUGUUGCCCCUCUUUGACCCUCCAAGGCAUGAUAGUGCAGAGACUAUCCGUAAAGCUCUUGAUCUUGGCGUUAAUGUCAAAAUGAUCACUGGUGAUCAGCUUGCCAUUGGCAAAGAGACUGGACGUAGGCUUGGCAUGGGUACUAACAUGUAUCCAUCUUCUUCCCUUCUUGGCCAAAGCAAGGACGAGUCCAUUGCCUCGAUUCCUGUCGAAGAGCUCAUUGAGAAGGCAGAUGGUUUUGCUGGUGUCUUCCCUGAGCACAAAUACGAGAUCGUGAAGAAACUGCAAGAGAUGAAGCACAUCUGUGGUAUGACAGGUGAUGGUGUGAAUGAUGCACCAGCACUCAAGAAGGCAGACAUUGGUAUUGCUGUGGCAGAUGCAACUGAUGCUGCUAGGAGUGCAUCCGACAUUGUUUUGACUGAGCCAGGCCUCAGUGUUAUAGUUAGUGCAGUCUUGACAAGCAGAGCCAUCUUCCAGAGGAUGAAGAAUUAUACCAUCUAUGCUGUUUCUAUCACCAUUCGUAUCGUGAUGGGAUUCAUGCUCAUUGCCCUCAUCUGGAAGUUUGACUUCUCACCAUUCAUGGUUCUAAUCAUUGCCAUCCUCAAUGAUGGUACCAUCAUGACCAUUUCCAAGGACAGGGUGAAGCCAUCUCCGGUGCCGGACUCUUGGAAGCUCAAAGAAAUAUUCGCCACUGGCAUUGUACUUGGAACUUACAUGGCUAUCAUGACUGUCGUAUUCUUCUACCUGGCAUCUGAAACCGAUUUCUUCUCUAACACCUUUAAAGUGAGAUCUAUCAGAGGCAAUCAGGAUGAGCUUACCGCUGCUCUCUACCUUCAAGUGAGCAUUAUCAGUCAAGCACUCAUCUUUGUGACUAGGUCAAGAAGCUGGUCAUUUACGGAACGCCCUGGUUUCUUGCUUGUUGGUGCUUUAUUUUUACUGGUUCUGUUCAGCUGCAAUAUUGACAAUUAUUCAAAAUUGGAAGCGCCGCAGAAUCCAAUCACAGGUUCUGUGGAUAAACACUACCAUCCAAAACAGCACAAAAACAUUGUAAUGAUUGUGUAA